GACCAACUGUGUAUAAUUUUUCCUUCAUGAUAAACAAUUUAGAUCAAGAAUCAGACACUUCAGUGAAUACAUUUUUGGACUGUUCUGUUUGCUUCUCUAUUCAAGAUAGCAUGAAUAAGAGACAAAUUUUCUGUUAUAUGUGAUAGAUUACAGAAAUCACAGGAGAAAGGAUUCGGAAAUGGCUAUCCAUGGAAUAUCGGCAUUCAAGUGUGUGGAAUGUUUUCUGUUGGGUUUUAUCUUAAUUAUGUUGGUGCACAGAUGUGAGUGUUCACGAGACGUGCUUACUUUGGGAGAGUCUCUCAGCAUAAACCAGACCAUAAUUUCAGAGAACGGUACGUUUGCGUUGGGUUUUUUCAGUCCCAAUGGAAGCACCAAUUUGUAUGUGGGCAUCUGGUUUGCCCAAAUACCAGACAAAUCAGUAGUUUGGGUGGCAAACAGAGAGGCUCCUCUACGAACCAUAUCUGGUGUUUUGAAAUUGUCCACAGACGGUUAUCUCAGUCUGUUUGAUUCAGAGGGCCGGUCCCUUUGGUCGACAGAGAGAGCGCAGAAAGCUAAAGCGUCAUCAGUUAUGAUAAUGGAAAAUGGUAAUCUGGUUAUGUUAGGCCAGCAGAACAAGAGUGAGAGCGUUUGGGAGAGCUUUGAACACCCAGGAGACACCUGGUUAACUGAGAUGAAGAUGUGGAAAGGCAUGAGACUAACAUCCUGGAAGAGCGAUGUGGAUCCAGCACCUGGGCCCUUCUCUUUAGGAAUGGAUCCCUCUCCUGGUAAGACCCAAUUUCUGCUGCUUUACAACAACACUAAAUCCUACUGGACAACCGGGGAGUGGGUUGUUGACCGUUUCAUCUAUGUCCCAGAGCUAACAAUCUCUGGCAGCACACUGGUGCCCUCUGAGUUUGUAAAAUAUUCCCCUACGAGCAUGUAUUUCAGAUACUUACAUCCAGAUGCAAGCCAGAGGAUACCGCAGCGUCUAGUGAUGUACAAGAGUGGAGAUUUACGAUCCUUUUAUGGGUUUGCCAAUGGUGAGUGGAACGUUGUUUGGUCGGCCCCGAGAGAUAUGUGCAACGUGUAUGAUAUGUGUGGGGCGUACGGAGUAUGCACCAGCCUCAACAUCCAGUUCUGCAACUGCCUCCGCGGCUUCAACCCCAAAGACGACCGCACCUGGUAUUCCCAAGAGUGGUGGGCCAGCGGCUGUGUUCGCCGAACUCCGCUCAACUGCUCCACCGACAGCUUCACGCAACUCACCGACAAGUCCUUCCCGGACAACGUAAUCCCCUCCAUGCAAACAAAACAUGCAACGGUGAAGGAAUGCACCGCCGCCUGUCUCACAAAUUGCUCCUGCACCGCCUUUGCAAUCACCAAUUCCACUCCUCCCGCUUGCCAAAUGUGGUUUGGCGAUUUGUUAAACGUGCGCAAUUCGGCUAACGCCAGGCCGUUAUUCAUCCGAAUGGCGGCUUCUGAGUUGUCCGAGGGAGGGGAAAGCAAAGCAAAACGAACCACAAUCCUUGCCCUUUGCAUUUCGCUUCCUGUGGCGGCUAUGGCGGCGGCGGUAUUCCUGUUAGUUGUUCGUAAGCGAAGGAGAUCAGGGCAGCAGGGCGGCGAUGAUGAAGAGCUGCCUGCGUCGCUGAGAAUAUUCAGUUACAAAGAGCUCCAGGUGGCCACCAAAAACUUCAAGGCAAAGCAUAAGCUUGGAAAAGGGGCGUUCGGAGUGGUAUACAAAGGUACUCUCCCGGACAAAACGCUGGUCGCCGUGAAGAAGCUGCAAGGAUCCGGGCAGGCAGAAAAGCAGUUUCGUGCAGAAAUAAGCACAAUCGGAAACAUUCAGCACGUCAAUUUGGUGAUGCUCCGGGGGUUUUGCUCUCAGGGUUCUCGAAGGUUGCUGGUUUACGAGUACAUGCCCAAUGGGUCUCUCAGCUCCUUCUUAUCCCAAAAGUCUGCAGCCGAGGGCCACAAGGUGCUCGACUGGAAGACUCGCUUUCAGAUCGCAUUGGGCUGUGCAAGAGGACUGUUUUAUCUCCAUGAGGAAUGCAGAGAUCGUAUCAUUCACUGUGAUAUAAAGCCCGAAAACAUUCUGCUGAAUGCAGAUUUCUGUCCUAAGGUGGCUGAUUUCGGGCUGGCAAAGCUUGUGGGGCGAGACUUCAGCCGCGUCCUGACGACCACAAGAGGAACUCGUGGGUACUUGGCGCCUGAGUGGAUCUCAGGGUUGCCAAUUACUCCCAAGGCCGACGUCUACAGUUAUGGCAUGACCCUGCUCGAGAUAAUCUCUGGUAGAAGAAAUAUAGACUUAGAGAUGCAAGAUUCGAGCAAGUACUAUUUUCCCACCUGGGCUGCCAAUCAAAUUCACGAGGGAAAUGUGAUGAAUCUUGUUGAUCAGAGGAUUUCAGGCAAUGCCGAUUUGGAUGAGGAUGAGGUUAAAAGAGCCGCUUUUGUGAGUAUAGUGUGCAUCCAAGAGGACGAGAGCGUGAGGCCCAGCAUGGGUGAAGUAGUUCUGAUGCUGGAAGGGAAGAUGGAGCCUCAUGCACCCCAACUGAGCGCCUCUCUUCAGGUGCUCGUCCACCGCCACGCAGGCGCUCAGCAGACUGAUAGUUCCAUAUAGACAUAAAUUAAGGUGCUACAUGAUUACGGCUUAAGAAGCUUUUACUAAAAACAUGUAGAUUUUAUAAGUAGUUAAGGCGUUAUGGAACCAGAAAAUGGAUUAUAGUUUAAACUAAGGGUUAGGGGUGCACGAGGCUCCAUCUUAAGGGUUGGAUAUAGACAUAAAUUAAGGGUUGCUUGCAGUUUAAGAAGCUUUUAUUGAAAAC